GCCAGUGCCGGAGUCCAACUGGGAGCUGGUGUACCAGGUGGUGUCAGCCCUCGUGUCAUCCUUCCAGGGGUUCUGCGUGGCUCUGCUCUUCUGCUUCUGCAACACUGAGGUGACAAUGGCAGUAAAGAAGAAGUGGCAACAGUACCAGUUUAACCGGGGCCCGAGGACCUUCUCCUUGACCACCACCUGUGUCCUGUCAGUCAACGGUUCCAACGCCCGCACUUCGUCCAUUCCCCACAAGUCUUCAGCCCUGAGGAGGACCUUCACUCGCUCGCACCACCGCAACAGCCUCGAGCUCCCAGGCGGAGGGUGUCCUUGGGCCAACACCCGUAGCGUCAUCGUCGACCACCCCAGCAGCAGGAGCGUGGUGGAGGUAGAGGAAGAAGAUUUCUUCAACUCGAGAGACGAUAGCGUUGGAGAUGACGGUCAAGCCGCUGUGACGGUGGAGACGCUAGGAGCAGAAGGCAGCGUAGGAGUCCACAUCGAAGUGGAGAGACAUCGAAGUGUCGGGGUGAUGGAGCCUAAUGUUGGCGGGGAGAGAAUUGGAUUAGCGCUGAACGGUGUUGGCGAUGCGAUGGAGAGUCCUAGAGAGGUGCUGGAGCUUAAGCCUGUUAAAGCCACCGUCCACCAGGUUUAAUAAGGAGGGGUCAAGCUAGGUAUGUCAAGCAGGAGGUAGUGAGCCAGUAGUGUCAAGCCGGAUGAAUUUAGUUAGAUGUGUUAGUUCAGACGGUCAAAGCCAGAUGUGCCAAACCAGUUGUGCAAAGCCUGAAUAGUCAAACAAGAUGUGCAAAUCCCGAUAUGUCAAGCCAGAUGUGUGAUAGUACAUGUGCAAAGCCAAAUGGUUAAUCCAGAUAUGCAAAGCCAUCUUUCUGAAAUAAGAUAUCAGAAAAAUAUGUCAAUCUAGUUCUGCAAAGCCACAUAUAUCAUAAUACGUGAAGCAAGCUGUAGCCAGGUGUGUCAGACCAAGUGUUUCAAGCAGGUGUGUCACACCUGCAAGGUAUAGAGAAGACGAGCAGACGACAAGGAGGAGGAGGAGGAUAUAAAGUAAAGAUUAGGGGAAGAGAAGGAUAAGGGAGGGAAGGGAACUAUCAGGGGAAAGCGCCAAGCCACUUUUAUUAAAGAAGGAUAAGAAUAUAACAUAUUGAAACGUAAUACAGCAGUGAUGAUAACAUACAUCAACGAGUACGUAACGAAGCGUAAUAACGACUGUAUUCGUGACACAUAACGAAGACGUACAUCAGCAAGACGUUAUGAAGAUGUAUAUCAACGGACAACGACAUAACGAAACAGUACAUCAACGAACAACGACAUAGCGAGGGUGUACAUCAACGAACAUUAGCAAGACGUAACCUGAAGGUAACGAGGGAAUUGUGCUCGUAGACUGAAAUACCAAGCCUAUUAAUCUCCUGAGAAGUUCAUAUUUAGAGAAAUCAUUCCUCUUUAACAAAGUCUUAAAAAGAAGUAUUCAAAAGUAGCAGAAAUCAAUGUUUGCAAUAGCAGCAAGAUUCCUUCGGGAACAGAAUGCAAAAAAUUCUAGUGCUGAAAAAUAUAAAGAUAUGUUUCCUGAGAAGCAAUAAUAUUUCCAAUACAGCAACUUGUGGUGUUAAAUAUAGAAUAUAUCCAUCAUUCUCGCUCACUGCUGAAGACGGAACUGGUUUGGGACCGAAAUAUAUAAUCUAUUUUUAUUUGUGUUUUCAAAAUACUGGGUCAUUAUUUUCAUUAAUAAGUGCGUUAUUGCACUUCAUCCUCAUAUAUAUAUAUAUAUA